CGACGUGGAGCCGCUACGAGCCGCCACCGCGCCGUACCGGAUUCGAGGUAGCGGUGCGAGUCAACGACGAGCGAGCCGACGUACAACAUUCGAUUGUUUAAGUAGCACGAUCGAGUCUUGGCACGACAGAUCGGAGGAAUCGUUUUGUUCUGAAGUGAUUCAACGGUUGGAUAUCAAGCGAUUAUCAGUUUUUUUUUUUUUUCCAAAUCGUAUCUCGCCUCGAAGGCAGAUCCAAAACAAAGAUCUUCUAUUUUUAAGUGGUAUGACUCAACGAAGGAGCAACAAGUUCUUCGGCGAUACGCCGCGGUACGAAGCGGAAGUUGGAUAGAUACGAAAUAUACAUAUGAUAAUAUAGAACGAAUUUUAAUCGGUCGAUAACGGUUCAUCGGGUUCAAUGCCAAUAAAAGCUGGUAUUUUGGAAUUUAAAUGAACGUGCGCUACGUGUGCUAAAUAAUCAGAAAUGACGGGGGGGAAAGCGACGGGACAAUUAACCAAAGUCUGAAUUUCUCAUAAACGACAGUGAAUAUGUGGGUGCUUCCUAUGUCAGAAAUAUCAGACUCACGAUCGUUUUAUUAGCCACCUUUUAUUUUCAACAUCACUCAUAAAGCUAAACAUGUUUUCAAUUACGCACGACAUAUGGUCAAUGAUAGAAAAUAUUAUAGCUGAAUAUGUUGAUGUGGAUGUUACAUGGCUGUCAUGGCUGUUGAUGCCAUUUCUUGUAACAUUUCUACUCCCGUUUGCGAUUGUGCUGCUGUUGUAUCUAACUUGUUUGAUAUUGUAUGUCUACAAGUUGCACAGAGUUAAAUUAAGAAACGCCUAUGGUACUGACUGGCGGAAUGCAGCGCGUUAUACAGUUGCAGCUGUCUGGGAUGCUCACGGAUGGAUUUGGCAUGGAUAUGAAGUUGUGGGAUUAGAAAAUAUCCCGCAGGACAAACCAGUAUUAUUUGUAUAUUAUCACGGAGCUCUCCCGGUUGAUCUGUAUUAUUUCAUAGCUAAAAUAUUUCUAUUUAAUUCAAGACUAGUCCAUACAGUAGCGGAUCGAUUCCUCUUUAAUAUCCCUGGAUGGUCUAUAUUGACUGACGUUAUGAGAGUAAUACCUGGUACUGUUCAAACGUGUUCCACUAUCUUGAAGGAGGGAAAUAUGCUUGCCAUUUCUCCGGGCGGUGUGUACGAAGCUCAAUUUGGCGAUUCUUAUUAUCAACUUAUGUGGAAGAACAGAGUGGGCUUUGCCAAGGUGGCUCUCGACGCGAAAGUGAGUGUAGUUCCGUUAUUUACAAAGAAUAUCAGAGAGGCAUUUAGAACGGUAAGUUGCGGGAGAAGGAUGUGGUCGAGGAUAUACGCCAAAACCAAGCUGCCGAUGGCACCAGUCUAUGGUGGCUUUCCGGUAAAGAUGAUAACGUACGUGGGUGAGCCAAUUCCAUACGAUGGAAGUCUUACGCCUGAAGAAUUGAAGUUAAAGGUUGCUAAUGCUCUCGGAGAUUUAAUAAAGAAACAUCAGAGAAUACCUGGUAACAUAACAUGGGCUCUAUUAGAAAGAAUACGUAAGAAAGAGGUGCCGCCAGAAAGUAAAGAACUUUAAUAAUAAUUCCCUUCGAUGUACUUACCGGUUUAAGUAGGGUAAAAUAGGAUAAAAUACAAUUUUAAGAAAUUAUUUUCAUAUAAUUAUCGAAUCUUGGCAACUGAUAACACUAAAUUUGAUGUAUAUUGUCUUUUGGACUUAUAUUUUGUUUUUUCUAGAUUUUUUAAGUUUAUUAUUUGUACUUAAAUAUGGUUAGUAUUAUUUUAAGAUAGGUUUAUUUAUUAUUAUUUUAUUAUUAUUAUUUAUUAUAAAUCGGACAAGAAUACUUCCAGUAGAAGGUAACAGAGAUGUGUGUACAAUUGAAUAUAUUUGCGGACUAAACUGUUUUGUCACAAUAUACGGAUAAUAAGUAAUUAAAUAAUAAUAUUUUCCAUGUAUUAUAUUAGGUACAGAUACGAACAGAUAAAACGCAUAAUUCUUUCUGUUACCUUAUAUUUUAAGACACGUUAUUAUUAAAUAAUUUAUUGUUUUUAUAUGAGACAAUUAUAAUAAA